AUGUUCCCGAGUCGUAGCUGUGAGGUUCGUGUUUAUCGGUCCAAUUUCGUCUUGGAAAAUACGAACAUUUUCCAACGCAAGUUUACCGAAAUGGCGACCAUACGAACAAAACGCGAGGAUACCGUAGAGAACCUGACUCCAGAGGUUCGACGGUCAUCUCGCAGAGCCCGGCUGGUACCGAAGCGCCUCCAGUACUCUCCAGACAGAUUUAAUGAAAACCCCAGGAAGAAAAGGAAAUUAAAUAUCAAAACUGAAAGAAAGACCCAGAAGAAGUUGUUAAAGGAUGAAGAGGAUGCUAAAAACGAUGCUGUGGAGAACAGUUCUGGUGCAUGUGGAGGACUUUCUGCAUAUGAGCUGGAGCGCCUGGAGAACAUCAGACAGAACCAAGCUUUUAUGUCGUCCAUUAACUUGUUCCAGGCAACAGAAGGCUUGAAGCAGCCGACUCGACCAAAGUCAUCGCAGAAAGGUUUAAGGGCUCAGUCUUCAGUAAAGGAAGUGCUGCCGCCUCGCAAAUCACUGCGCCUCCAAAAUAAAGAGGCGACGAUACUACCUCUUCCUCCUGAACCCAGAGAGACGCUCUUCUUCAAACAGUCUUUACGAGUCAAAAAACCUGCUGGCCCUCUACCAAUGGCUCCAAUUAACAUGGACGAAGGCUUCAAGCUCCCUUCAGAACUUGUUGAGCUCUGCUCUGAGGAAACUAAAGAAAGAAAAAUGAAACUUGACCUAAAAGAGUACUGCUCUGCACUACAGAAGAUGGAAAUAACAGAGGACAGUGUGGUGAAAGUGGUGAAGGAUCGGGUCUCUUCUGCUGCCUUCCACCCCUGCAGCAGCAGCCUGCUGAUAGCUGCAGGAGACAAGUUGGGAAAAGUGGGACUUUGGAAUUUUGGUGCAGAUUGGGGAGACGAUGGUGUCCUGCUCUUUGAGCCCCACACUCGUUCUGUUGGCUGCAUGGCAUUCUCCACAGUUCAGCCCUCCCAGCUGCUCACUCUCAGCUACGACGGAUCUCUGCGCUGCAUGGAUGUAGAGAAGGCCGUCUUUGAUGAUGUGUACGAUACUGAUAACGACCUGAAAACGUUUGCCUUCAUGUCACAUGACUGCUCAACGCUUUUGGUUGGGAACUGGUACGGAGAGGUCUCCAUUGUUGAUAGGCGGACCCCAGGAAACUCUCACGAGUCCCUCCAUAGACUCGAUCCUAAGAUUUUGCGCUGUGUUAGCGUCCACCCUCUCCAGAUGCAGUACUUUGCAGUGGCAGAGAGCAGAGAGGUGAGUAUUUAUGACAGCAGGUGCCUGAAGAAGACUAAAACCCAUCCUGUGUCCCAGCUACAUGGCCAUGCUAAAAGCAUCACCAGUGCUUAUUUCUCACCGUGUACCGGGAACAGAGUUCUUACCACUUGUAUGGAUGACCACAUAAGGAUAUAUGAUGCAUCUUCAGUGAUUACUAAACCCCCCUUGCUGAAGUCCAUCAGGCAUGACAUGUGGACGGGGCGCUGGUUGUCGAAGCUCUCUGCAGUAUGGGACCCCAAACAGGAAGACUGCUUUGUGGUGGGAAGUAUGAUGAGGCCUCGAAAGGUGCAGGUGUUCCACGAAAGCGGCCAAGUCUUGCACUCCUUUAUGGACAGUGAGAACCUUAACACAGUCCAGUCUGUCACUGCUUUCCACCCCACGAGGAACGCUUUACUGGGUGGGAAUUCAUCAGGACGCCUUCAUGUGUUUUCUAGUUAAACUGAAGACUGAAGUUUGUGGCCAACAUCCCAGGUAGGUC